AGUGGGAACGCAAGAAGUUGCUGGCGUGCGCUUGCCAAAUUCACUGCAGUUCUUUAGUCCAACAUACGCUUCCGCUGGUUCAGAGGAAACUGUCGAACCUUACACCACUGAGAAGCUCAGUCGUAUUCCUGGAGGUUACAUAUGUCUGACAGAACCCUGUCAAGUAAUGACAGUAGAUUUCAACAAUCUGCAGGAGCUGAAAAGCCUUGCAGCUAGGAAGCCAUGGAAACUCAGCCUGCCAGUCACUGAAGGAGGAAUACUAGAUGCUGUUGUGGUGUGGUUUGUACUACAGCUUGAUGAUGAGCACACUCUAUCUACAAAUCCCUGUGAGGAAACUUGCUGGGAACAGGCAGUCUAUCCUGUGCAGGGCCUCCUUGAUUAUUCUGUGAAGAGUGGAGAUACUGUGAUGAUGGAAGUUUGCUGCCAAGACUGCUACUUGAAGAUCCAGAAGAUUUCUUCUUUGACUUCAGAGUGUGGGAUGGACUUCAGUGACAGAGACGACACACUGAGUUUGGGCAAUGAAGCUGAAUUAUGUAAUGCUUUGGCUGGUCUUCAGACGACUAGCAAGCAGGAUGGCAGUGGUCGAGUAUGUGUGCUGGAAUCCACAGAAAUAGCCCUGCUGAACAACGUACCAUACCACGAAUGCUUUAAAGCUGCCAUGGGCAAAGUGCUGUUGUCGUUAAAUCCAAGUAAGGACUUGCAGUCCAUGGAUGUUGAUGGACAUGGCAGUGGGAUGAACCUCCAAGAGAGUCAAAACAAGAGCUCUCUAGAUGUGGUUCCUGAUCCUUUGUACAUUUUAGAUGUGUCCGAAGGCUUCUCCAUCCUGCCAAUUAUAGCUGGCAAACUUGGAUCGGUUAAAGCCUACAGUUCUAUUGAGAAAGAACAGCAUCAGGCAGCACUUAAUGCAAUUUCAGAAGCUAACCAUUUCCCUAAGGAAACAUUAGAGUUUUGGCUCAGCCACUUAGAUGAAAGCAUGGUACUACAGAGACCCAAAUCAGACAAAUUAUGGAGUAUUAUUAUCUUGGAUGUUAUAGAGACAUCAGGUUUAAUCCAGCAGGAGGUGAUGGAAAAGGCUGCAAUAUCCAGAUGUUUACUUCACAGUGGAGGGAAGAUUUUCCCACAGUAUGUGUUGGUAUAUGGCAUGCUUGUAGAAUCAGAGUCUCUGUUACUGGAGAGUGCUGUUCAAGGAACAGAACCAACUCUUGGGUUUAACAUAGCCCCUUUUAUCAACCAGUUCAAGGUACCUGUUCGUGUGUAUUUGGACCUCUCUACGUUACCGUGUCUACCCUUGAGCAAGCCAGCAGAGCUUCUAAGGCUGGAUCUCAUGAACCCUCUCUUGAACAGCUCCAGCAAAGAAGUGAAGGUACAAAUUUGUAAGUCUGGCCGAGUCACUGCAAUUCCCUUCUGGUAUCACAUACAUCUAGAUGAAGACCAUAGCUUGAAUACAUCUGAUGAGUCCUCGCACUGGAAACAAGCUGCAGUUGUUCUCGAUGAGCCCAUCCAAGUUCAGGCGGGAGAUGAACUUGUGCUUGAUGUUCAACACCAUAAAAGCAAUAUUAGCAUUACAGUUAAACGGUGAAGAAUGUGUGAACUGAGUUGUGGUUAAUUACCUAUGCAUAAAUUGACUGUUCAUAACAUCACUGAUGUUAAUUUAUAUUAAAGUCUAAAUUUGAUCUACUGAUCAAA